CGUCGUUGAAGGAAGACGAAGAUGGCGUCCGGACAGCAAUGGGUGUUGGUGGAAAUGGUGCAAGCGUUUUAUGAGGCUCCUGCUUAUCACUUGAUUCUGGAGGGGAUCCUCAUUCUGUGGAUCAUCAGACUUCUGUUCUCUAAGACCUACAAACUGCAUGAGACCUAUAAACUGACAGAGAAGGAGAAGGAGGACCUGAUUGAGGAGUGGCAGCCAGAGCCUCUCGUACCUCCUGUUUCCAAAGACCAUCCCUCCCUCAAUUAUGAUGUUGUCACAGGGCCUCCCAGCCAUAAAAUCAUAAUCAAUGGGAAAGAGUGCAUUAACUUUGCAUCAUUCAACUUUCUGGGUCUCCUCGACAACGAACGGGUUAAGCAAAAAGCUUUGGCAUCACUCAAGAAGUAUGGUGUGGGCACAUGUGGUCCAAGGGGCUUCUAUGGAACUUUUGAUGUUCACCUGGAGCUGGAGAGUCGUCUGGCCAAAUUCAUGAAAACAGAAGAAGCUAUCAUCUAUUCUUAUGGCUUUGCAACUAUUGCCAGUGCAAUCCCUGCCUACUCCAAGAGGGGGGACAUCAUCUUUGUGGAUGAAGCAGCCUGCUUCUCCAUCCAGAAGGGUCUUCAGGCGUCUCGCAGCUUCAUCAAAUACUUCAAACACAAUGACAUGGAGGAUCUGGAAAGGCUGCUCAAGGAGCAGGAGCUGGAGGACCAGAAGAAUCCUCGUAAAGCUCGAGUGACCCGGAAAUUCAUUGUUGUGGAGGGGCUGUACAUCAACACUUCAGACAUCUGUCCUCUCCCUGAACUGGUUAAGCUAAAGUACAAGUACAAGGUGCGGAUCUUUUUGGAGGAGAGCAUGUCUUUUGGUGUGCUGGGAGAACACGGCCGAGGAGUCACCGAACACUUUGGGGUCAAUAUUGAUGACAUUGAUCUGAUCAGUGCCAACAUGGAGAACGCUGUGGCCUCCAUCGGAGGAUUCUGCUGCGGACGCUCCUUUGUCAUUGACCACCAGCGUCUUUCGGGCCAGGGCUACUGUUUCUCUGCCUCCCUGCCUCCAAUGCUUGCUGCUGCUGCCAUAGAGGCUCUCAAUAUCAUGGAGGAGGAUCCAGAUAUUUUUACUGUCCUGAGGGAAAAGUGCAAACAUGUUUACAAGGCUUUACAGGGAACUCCAGGUCUGAAGUUGGUCGGUGUGCAGUGUGCCCCUGCUCUUCACUUACAGCUGGAGAGAAGUUCAGGCUCCAGAGACUCUGACAUGCAGCUGCUUCGUGCCAUUGUAGAUUAUUGUUUGGAAAGACGCGUGGCUCUGACCCUUGCUCGUUAUCUGGAAAAAGAGGAGCGUUUCCUCCCCCCUCCCAGUAUCAGAGUGGUGGUCACUGUCGAACAGACGGGGGAGGACAUCCAGAAGGCCGUGUCUUGUAUCCAAGAGGCAGCUGCAGCUGCCCUCAAAUGACCAUGCACUGUCUGACAGUGCUGAGACUGAGCAGACAUCACUGGAGCUUUAGCAGAAGUCCACUCAGUGGACAGGGUAGGAAAUCACUGUGAGGGGGACACUCCUAACCAGACACUCUCAUCCACUAUGAGCCCCACACACUUGAUGUGUAAUGAGGAACUUUACUGAUAAAACACACCUUAUAUCUUCUAGCCUUGACUUUGUUUGUCUCUUAAUUCAUUGUCUCUGUCUUUGUUCUCAUGUGUCAUCAUAGUGAUAUAUGUACUACAUGUUUAUUGCUAUGAAUGUAAGAGUGGGCUUUCAGCAGGACUGUUUGCAGACAGUUGACUUCCUGCUGUGAACGAUAAUGACCCUCAUUCAGUAAUAAAGAGAAAGGACUGCAGUGAGAACUAAACAUAAUCUCCACAGACCAAAUGAUUUGUUGCUUUUAUGUGCUGACCAAAGAGAAGCCAUUGUGCUCACUGUUUUAUUUAAAAUGUUUGCAGUCGACUAGUGCGUGAACUGUACAUGAUGGUUGUCAUUUUAUAUGCCACCAGCUGUUUUACUACAAAUACAUUUGAGUUUUACACCUUGAUUUUUUUUUUGUUGUUGUUCUUUGUUUUUUAGUGGAUGCUAAUUCUCUGUUGUUUGAGCCCAUUCCAUUCUGACCACUUUAAUGAAAUAUAAAUAUAUCUGAUAUAAAUUAA